AUGCCCAACAAGCAACUUCUUAAAAAACUUCCAUCUGAGGUCACGGAAAAACACCUGAAGUUCAUUGCCAGGACUGUGAUGGCACAUGAAGGGAACGUGGAAGGUACAUACAGGACACUGAACAGAAUCCUUACCGUGGAUGGGCUCAUUGAGGACAUUAAGUGAUGAAGAUACUACGAGAAGCCUUGCAGCCAAGGACAGCGGCAGAUCUACAACAUGGAAAUGGCUCAAAAGAUCAACUUCUUGAUGCGAAAACAUCGGGCGGAUCCACGGCAGGACUGCUGAGGCCUGUGGAUCGGAGGCCCACAUCCAUUUGUGUUUCUACCUCUUCUGUCUUAAAAUCCAUUUGUUCCAUUCCUCUAUAAUAAACUCAGUCAAAUAUAUGGAAGAAGGCCUACAUAUAUAGAACCAUCCCAUAAGUGAGAAGCAAAGCCUCUCUUUUA